AGGGCAGUAUAGGAGUUAUUUGAGACAAAGUAAACGAAGAAGUGCAUGGCGGAAGGAGUUACAGUAGUCACCCUGAUGCGGAGAGCAAUAAUAAACGGCACUGACACGAGCUUAGGAUAUGUCUGCAGGCUGUGUAAGAUGGGUGCUAAGCCAUGCAGUGAGAACGGUGUGUGGUGGGAGUCCCGUGUAUACGCCACCAGCCUUAAGAUUUACAAUAUGCAGCAAAAGAUGUAAUAUCAUCGCUGCCUCUUGGAGACAGUCUGCUUUCUCCACUGAAGUACACAAUACAGAACAAACUCCAGCCACGCCAAAGAAGAAAAAGCAAGAUCCCCGAGCAAAUGCCUCGAUCAGCAGCAUCGGCCGUAGGAUCCCUGAGCGUCAGAUACAGGUGAUAAGUGCAGCUGGUGAGAACCUGGGCGUCAUGCACCGUGCAGACGUCAUCAGAAUGAUGGAUGAGGAGGGUCUCAAGUUAGUGCUACUCAGUGAGCACAAAGACCCACCAGUCUACCAGCUGAUGAGCGGCAAACAGAUCCACGAGGAGCAACUAAAAAUGCGGGAGAAGAAGAAAGCGAAAGCAGUUCCUGUGCAGGUGAAGGAGCUCAGCUUUUCAGGUGGCAUAGCGUCUCAUGACCUCACCACAAAGCUGAAGCAGGUGGAGAGCUGGCUGGAAAAGAAACACCAUGUGAAGAUCACUCUGCGGGCAGUACGUCGUGAAUCUGCAGUUAACCUGGAUGCCACUCUGGAGCAAAUCGUGGAACAAAUAGAAGUAAUGGUGGGAUUUGUCUCAAGGCCAAAAGUGAUACGUGAUGGCCAAGCAGCCGUGUGCAUCCUCCGACCGCCUUCAGCAAAGGAACUGUCACAAAAAGGAAAGAACAAGGCUGCAGAAGCACAGCCUGCCAACUCCACUUCAGAGGCCGCUCAGAGUGAAACGUCUCCUGUUGGCAGCACGGACACAACACAAGGGUCCACACAGCACUGAUGUGACAGAAAUAAAACUUUUUCACAAAA